AUGGCUCGAAUUGACGUCGAGAAAGCCAUCGAGGAGCUCACCCUCGGUGAGAAGGUGGCCCUCACAGCUGGUAAAUCCAAUGUCCAUUCCCAGAUAUACAAUCCCAAAACUAACCUCAUCCCACCAGGCCGUGAUAUCUGGCACACAGAAUCCGUUCCACGCCUAAACAUCCCUGCACUACGUAUGUCUGAUGGACCAAAUGGGGUCCGUGGCACUCGCUUCUUCAACGGUAUCCCAGCAGCUUGCUUCCCUUGCGCAACAGCCCUUGGCGCAACCUGGGAUGCCGAUCUGCUAUCAGAGGUCGGCGCAUUGAUGGGCGAUGAAGCGAUCGCAAAAGGCGCACACAUCGUGCUAGGCCCAACUAUCAACACCCAGAGAUCGCCGCUGGGUGGGCGCGGCUUCGAGUCCUUCUCGGAAGAUGGUGUGCUCUCCGGUACGCUGGCCGGCCACUUCUGCAAGGCAAUGCAGGAGAAGGGUGUUGCUGCUACGCUUAAGCACUUUGUCUGUAAUGACCAGGAGCAUGAGCGGUUGGCUGUUAACAGUAUUCUUACUCACCGAGCGCUGCGUGAGAUUUACUUGAUGCCGUUCCAGUUGGCUAUGCGGAUUUGUCGCUCGCAGUGUGUUAUGACCGCGUAUAAUAAGGUUAAUGGCACUCAUGUCAGUGAGAACAAGGCUAUUCUUGAUGAUAUCUUGCGCAAGGAGUGGGGAUGGGAGGGUCUUAUUAUGAGUGACUGGUUUGGUACCUACAGUACCUCUGAUGCAAUCGUCGCCGGCCUUGAUAUCGAGAUGCCCGGUAAGACCCGCUGGCGUGGUGAGAUUCUUGCACACGCCGUCUCAUCAAACAAGGUGGCCCAAUACCAGCUUGAUGAACGUGUGCGCAAUGUCCUCAACCUGGUGAACUGGGUUGAACCCCUGGGCAUUCCCGAGGGAGCCCCCGAGAAGGCUCUCAACCGACCAGAAGACCAGGCUCUGAUGCGCCGCGCUGCUGCCGAGUCUGUCGUACUUAUGAAGAACGAGGAUGAUGUUCUUCCCCUUAAGAAGGACGGGUCUCUGCUGGUCAUUGGACCCAACGCUAAGAUCGCUGCAUACUGUGGUGGUGGUUCGGCCUCCCUGGCUCCAUACUACACUGUCACUCCGUUCGAUGGUGUCUCUGCCAAGGCCAAGGGAGAGGUCAAGUACAGCCAGGGCGUAUACUCCCACAGGGAUCUGCCGCUCUUGGGUCCACUACUGAAGACUGCCGACGGCAAGCCUGGCUUCACAUUCAAGGUCUACAAUGAACACCCCAGCGCUGGUGGGGACCGACAGGUCGUGGAUGAAUUGCAUCUACUCGAAUCUUCCGGAUUCCUGAUGGACUAUGUCAACCCUAAGAUGAAGUCCAUGACAUACUACGUUGAUAUGGAGGGAACAUUCACUCCGGAGGAGAGCGGAGUCUACGAUUUCGGCGUGACAGUCGCCGGCACAGGCCAACUCCUCAUCGACGGAGAAUUAGUCGUUGACAACACCAAGAACCAGAAGCGAGGCUCUGCCUUCUUCGGAACAGCCACCAUCGAAGUGAUCGGCACCAAAGAGCUCAAGGCCGGCCAAUCAUACAAGGUUCUCUUCCAGUUCGGCAGCGCACCAACCUCAGACCUCGACGCACGUGGAGUUGUCGAAUUUGGCCCAGGCGGCUUCCGUUUCGGCGCCAGCCGACAAGUCAGCCAAGAAGAACUGAUCUCCAACGCAGUCGAGCAAGCCAAAACCGCCGAGCAAGUCGUCAUCUUCGCCGGUCUCACUCUAGAAUGGGAGACCGAAGGCUACGACCGUGAACACAUGGAUCUACCCCCCGGCAGUGACGAGCUGAUCAGCCGCGUGCUAGAGGUGAGCCCGAACGCAGUUGUCGUGAUCCAGUCCGGCACGCCGGUCACAAUGCCAUGGGCACAGAACACCAAAGCUCUCGUGCAAGCCUGGUUCGGCGGCAACGAGUGCGGAAACGGUAUCGCGGACGUCCUCUACGGCGACGUCAACCCCUCCGCAAAGCUGCCAAUCACCUUCCCCCGCCGUCUGCAGGAUAACCCCUCCUACUUGAACUUCCGGUCCGAGCGCGGCCGCGUGCUCUACGGCGAGGAUAUCUACGUUGGCUACCGUUACUUCGAGAAGAGCGAUGUGGCGCCAGGCUUCGCCUUUGGCCACGGUCUUUCGUACACGAGUUUCGCGCGUUCGGAUCUGCGCAUCGAUACUGUUCCCGAACAAACCAAGUACACUGAGUCCGGUGAGCCUGUCACUGCGUCGGUGACUGUCUCCAAUACGGGCUCUGUUGCUGGCGCGGAGGUCGUGCAGCUCUGGAUCGUGCCUCCGAAGACUGAUGUUGGUCGUCCUGUCCGUGAGCUAAAGGCUUUCCAGAAGGUUUUCCUGCAGCCUGGUGAGAGUAAGACUGUGCAGUUGGUUGUUGAGAAGAAGUUGGCUACAAGUUGGUGGGAUGAGGAGCGGGAACAGUGGAUCUCUGAGAAGGGGACGUACCAGGUUCUCAUUACGGGUACUGGGGCUGAAGAGCUACGUGGCGAGUUUGAUGUUGGCAAGACGAGGUUCUGGCUUGGUCUGUAA